CCGGUGCAAAACAUACAGUGGGUCCAGGAUGGAGCAUUGCAGUAUGGGUAGUAAUUUAUUUCUGAAGCGACGACGGGGCGGAAGCGAGGAUGUUUCCUAAUAGAAGUCAAAGAGGAUCAGCAUCAUAAAACACUGGAAUUAUAAGCGCACGAGAAUGGACCGGGCAGAAGACAGUGGAAUUUGAGUCUAAAAUCAAUUCUGGAUGAGACUGUUUAGUACCAUUUUCACGUUUUUAAUAGUCUGAUAUGUCGACUCUGGCAUGAUGAGUCCCUGCCCUCAAUACAAUUUAGUCAGCUCCGGAGUUAGUCACUGGAAACUGGCAGAUUGCUACAACUGUAGCCUACAUGGUUUAUUCUGAAUUCGCCUCUGUUUUGCAGCCCUGGCACUGACGGUAAUUCGAUACAUUGUUAAAUGCCUUUGUAGGCAACGCUUUACAUUGUAGUUAACUACAUUGUAAUAAGCAAGACUGUAUUGGCAUGAAUGAAAUAUGUUUAAUAUUCACUAUUGGCGCAGCUCAUUUGAUAGUGAUUGGCUGUGAGCCUUUACAUAGCUUUUUAUGUCGAUAAUGAAUAUACGUGAGACUGAAUAAAUUAAGUGUGGUAUUGUAUUCGCGUGUUAGAGGCACCAGGCAGGCUACAGUUUUUGUCUCCAUGGGAAUACAAAAUGCAUGUGCAUAUAAUUAGACUUCACGCCUUCAUUGCACCGGAAUGCACCAUCGUAGUUCCCCUGGCAUAGUUAGCCUCCUCGCUAUGACAGGUUGGCACACAUAAAGCCUACUGUAUACAAAUGAACCACCAGACCGCUGCAUCAUCGAUGGGAUCAGACUAAAAAUAAAAGCUGAGAAUAGGCUACCCAGACUGCGGGACGGAAACCGGGAUCAUCUCGCGUUUCGUACGGUGGACGCACCGGCAAAGGACCGCAGACCAUAACGGGACACUCCGCUAUAAAGGUGGCACGUGUCGACUAUUUAGUAGAACUUCUCCUUGGAUUGGGACUGCCUAGGAACAUUAGCCAUAUUUCAUUAUGUGUUCGUGUUUUUCCCUGCGCUUUAUGUAGGCCUGCAUACACAUUGUUUGGGUUUUGUUCAAUUUCAGUUCCCGAAGUUCAUGUUUGUUUUCAUGUUAUAUUAGCUAUUCGGGACAUUGCCUCAGUCAGAGUAGCCUGGUUGUGAAGAGUGCGACAUUUUGUAAGUACUCAGUAUCCCACAUUUCAGCCACUAAGAAAUGCAACGGGGUGAUUUGAGCAAUAUUCUGGGUAAUCCGUUUUAGCAGCUGUGGGCAUGUGUCGAAAUUUGAAAGAUGAGCUUUGGAUACCAGAGCUUCAGUCCGUGUGCCAGCAGUGCCUGCACACACAGAAUCACUCGGGACAACAAGUCAACUGAGACAGUAGACUGAGACUGUGCUUCUCAGAUAAACAUUACAGUAAAAACAUAAUACAAAAUUAAAGGACUUAUUGGUUUAGUGUAUUCAGAUUUUCUUUUGAUUUAAAAGCUUAUUCAAAGCCAUAUAAAUAAAUAACAAAAAUAACCUCCUAUUUGACAAUAGCAAAAUCACUUGGUUUGUUAUCCAUGUCAUGGUUUGUCCUUUAAUUUGACAUGAAUUAAUUCUGGCGCAAGCAAAACCAAAACCAACGCCCCAGACCUCUGCCAGUCACUUUUCAGUUCAUUUUUUGGUAAAAACGUUUGAUUCCAGUCCCUCAACUGUGCUAUAUUAUCUCAGAGAUGUCGAUUGACGGAGGACCCGGUCAUGUUUGUGUGUGCUUCUUCCACUGCCUGUGUCUGUGUGUGACAAAGGUUUCAAGCAUGAUGGAUCAGGCAUGAGACUGCAUACGCGAGGGAGGAACACUGCAAAUAGUGCAGAAGGAAUAGUUGAAUGACACUCCAGACAACAUGGCCCAGAGAGUUAGUUAAGAGGCCUACAAGUCUACGACAGAGAAAAAUUGGUACCCACUACAGAGAAGAGAGGAGUGUGAGUUAUUUCCUGGAGAAAGUGUCAAAUUGGAAUCAGUGCCCGAGGCAAGCAAUUACAGUUUGUAUUGAGCACUUCCUCCUCGCUGUGGGAAAUCCACCCUGAUCUGGAGUUUGAAACGUCGUGUUUCACUUGUUUUUUGAAUACCCUCGCUUUGAUUUCCUCAUUAUUGCCUUUCUAUUUGAUUUUUGGGGGGGAUAUAGCCAUCUUCAAGCAUACUUGGAGUCACUUCACAGGAUGAAAUCCAUCCCUUUUUGAAAUGGGGCUUGCUUUUCGAAUUGUGCCAGUUGGAAAUUUGUCAGGACUGAGAACACAUGAGCAGGGUUUUCACCCAGCCCUAGUUUCCCCCAUCCCCCACCCUUAAACUGUCAGCCUGAGAUCGAGACACAAGGCACUGUCACUCCGCUCCUCCCCGUCCCGCACAUUUUGCGGGUUCAAAGGGUAAGAACCCCAAGUAGACUUCAAAAGGAGGAUGGGGAGUUCUGCCUCCUCUCUCACCGCGGAGACCGAGUCGGACCACGGCUUCCGGAGCACCCCGUACCCGUCGUCGCCUCCUAUGGGCUGGCUUAGGAACAGCCACAGCAGUCCUGUGUGGGGCACCACCUUCAUUACGCGCCAGCAGCAUCUGCCACCUCCACACAGAGAGCGCAGCCACUCUCAGUCCCCGGGCUCCAUGGCGGCGGCAGUGCAAGGCAGCGAGUGGUCGUGCGGCCGCUGCACCUUCCUGAACUCGGGGGUGGCGCCACGCUGCUCCAUCUGCGAGGCGCCGCGCCAGAAACCCGACCUCAACCAGAUCCUGAGGCUGAGCAGCACCGAGGAGCAGCAACGCUGGGCCUGCCCCCGCUGCACCCUCAACAACCCCCAGGGCUCCGGCGCCUGCACCGUCUGUGGCUUCGGACCCUCGUUGGGCACCCCCACGCCGACCACAACCAUGGCCGCCACCACCAACGGCUUCCUGCCCCCACCACCGCAGCCUCCAGCUCCAGUUAUGACUCCCAUGGUUCUCCUGGAGCCCCGCGGGCAGCAGCCGGCCAAGGAGGAGGCGCUGAGGAGGUCUGAGAGCAAUGGGGAGGUGGGGGGCCUGAGCGGCCUGGGUGGACCCGAGGGGCAGCAGCACCACCACUCAGGCUGGGCGUGCCCGCGAUGCACGCUUCAUAAUACUCCUGUUGCAUUGUCGUGUUCGGCCUGCGGGGGACCAAGGAAACUGUCGCUGCCCAAGAUCCCACCCGAGGCGCUGGUGGUGCCCGAGGUUCGCACGCCCGUGCUAGGGUUUCCCGUCCACGUAGCAGGGGCCUCUGUCCCUCCACUCCUCAUAGACUUGACAGACGACUCGCCCCCCGCAGCCGCCCCCUGCGAACUGCAGGAGGCCCCCGACACCAACUUGCCUCCUACGCCACUCUCCUCCCCUUUCACGCCCUUUUCUUCUCUCCAGAACAACCCAGUGCCCCGCAGCAGGAGAGAGGUGCCCCCGCCAGGGCGGCCACCCAACCCUAACCUCAACGCCCCCAGCCCCACUUCGCCCUCCACGGCCUACGCGCCCCCUCCGCCCUGCCCUCCCCUCCGCCCUGCCAAGCCUAAGCAAGCCCAGCCUCAGGAGCCUUCCUUCCCCAGCAAGCGCCUCAGCAUCCUGGAGGAGGAGGACGGCCCCCACCCCCAUCACACAUCCCACGCCCCCGUUACAUCGCCCCCCACUUGGAAGUGCCCAGGAUGCUCCUUGCCCAACCUUAGCGGCUCGUCCAAGUGCGAGGCAUGUCGCUCGUCGCGGGCCGGUGCCGACCUCAUCGACCUGGUGGGCUGCGAGACGGUGCGCUUCACUCCGGCCAGCCCCUCCAGUCCGGACUUCAGCACCUGGGCCUGCUCCAAAUGUACCCUCCGCAACCCCACCGGGGUGGCCAAGUGCACGGCCUGCGGUUCCUCCAAGCUGCAUGGCUUCCAGGAGCCUAGCUCUCGCUGCUGCCAACACUGCGGUCUCCCCGGCCCCUGCUCCUGCUCCUCAGCCUCCUCCUCAUCGUCUUCUGGACACAAGGCCCGGAAACAAGCCCGGGUCUACCCCUCGCCCUCGGCCACCAACACCUCCUCCUCUUCCUCGUCCUCCUCGUCCUCCUCUUCCUCGUGCACGCUACUGCAGGAGAAGCAGUGGGGCUGUCCGGCGUGCACGCUGCUCAACGACGUCAAGUCUAAGAACUGCGCGGCAUGCCACACAGCCCAACAGUACCUGACGCUGCGCAAGGUGGCCAAGCCACUGAAGAGGAGGGAGAGCAUGCACGUGGAGGCACGGCGGCGCAACGACGAAGGCGAAGCCAAGGAACUCUGGGAGAACAUCACCACCUUCUGUCGAGAGAACGUGGUGAACUUCGUGGACGACAGCUUCCCUCCCAGCCCCCAAUCCGUGGGCUUCCCCGAGGGCGACAGCGUCCAGCAGCGAAUCAAAAAGUGGCUCCGCCCUCACGAGAUCAACUGCAACAACUUUAAGGACCGGGGCGUCAAAUGGUCUGUCUUCCGCACCCCUCGGCCCUCGGAUAUCCUGCAAGGCCUGCUGGGAAACUGUUGGUUCUUGAGUGCGUUGGCGGUGCUGGCUGAGCGUCCAGAGCUGGUGGAGAGGGUGAUGAUCACCAGGGGGAUCUGCCAGGAGGGGGCCUACCAGGUCAGGCUUUGUAAGGAUGGUACCUGGAUCACCGUGCUGGUGGACGACAUGCUUCCCUGCGAUGAGUACGGAUACCUGCUCUUCUCCCAGGCUCAGCGUAAGCAGCUCUGGGUGGCCCUGAUAGAGAAGGCCCUGGCCAAGCUCCAUGGCUCCUACUUCGCCCUGCAGGCGGGGCGCGCCAUCGAGGGCUUGGCCACGCUGACGGGGGCGCCGUGUGACUCCCUGAUGCUGCAGGUCAGCUCCACCAACCCCCGCGAGGAACCCAUCGACACGGACCUCAUCUGGGCCAAGAUGCUGAGCUCCAAAGAGGCCGGGUUUCUAAUGGGGGCGUCAUGCGGAGGAGGGAACAUGAAGGUGGACGAUGUGACAUACGAGUCGUUGGGCCUCCGCCCUCGCCACGCCUACUCUAUCCUGGACGUACGGGACGUCCAGGGCUACAGACUACUGCGGUUGAGGAACCCGUGGGGUCGCUUCUCCUGGAACGGCAGCUGGUCAGACGAGUGGCCUGAUUGGCCGCAGCACCUCCGCCACGAGCUCAUGGCCCACGGCAGCAGCGAGGGUGUCUUCUGGAUAGAGUACGGAGACUUCAUCAAGUACUUUGACUCGGUAGACAUCUGUAAGAUCCAUUCAGACUGGCAGGAGGUGCGGUUACAGGGCUAUUUCCCCAGUAGAGCCUGUGGUCCUGUUACGGUCACCGCUCUGACCAUGCUAGAGAGGACCGCGCUGGAGUUCGCCCUCUUCCAGGAGGGCAGCAGGCGGUCGGACACGGCAGACAGCCACCUUUUGGACCUGUGUAUCAUGGUGUUCAGAGCGUCGUUUGGCAGUGGCAACAAGCUGACCUUGGGCAGGCUGCUGGCCCACAGCAAGCGGGCAGUCAAGAAGUUUGUGGGCUGCGACGUGAUGUUGGAGCCGGGCGAGUACGCCGUGGUGUGCUGCGCCUUUAACCACUGGCAGAUGAACGUCAGCGGAGUGGGGCCGCCCACACCAGUGUCGAGCCCCACCAGUGCACGGCGUCCCAACCAGGACUUCCCAGGUUACAUCCUGGCCAUCUACAGCUCCCGCCAGGUGAUGGUGGAGCAGGUGGAGGCUACCGCUACCACGCUGGCCGACGCCAUCAUCCUACUGACCGAGAACAAGGGAGAGAGACACGAGGGUCGCGAGGGCAUGACGUGCUACUACCUGACCCACGGCUGGGCGGGGCUGAUCGUGGUGGUGGAGAACCGCCACCCCAAGUACUACCUCCACGUGUCAUGUGACUGUACGGACAGCUUCAACGUGGUGUCCACGCGCGGCAGCCUCAAGACCAUCGACAGUGUACCGCCUCUGCACAGGCAGGUGCUGGUGGUGCUAUCCCAGCUCGAGGGCAACGCAGGCUUUUCCAUCACCCACCGGCUGGCCCACCGUAAGGCCGCCCAGGCCUCCCUAGGGGACUGGACCCCCACCAAGGCCACGCACAGCCCCCAGCUCACCCCCGACAUCGACGGCCUGCACCGGCCACGGCCCCUAUGACCACGGCCCCCCUUCACGCACACACACACACACACAAGCUGGUGAUCCUCACGUUGGCACACACGUACGUGAACACCUUCGUGCGGGAAAGCGGGGGCUGUGUGACGCUGGAAUAAACACAUGUGGAUAGAGGGAGGGCGUGGAUUGUGGAGACAUCCGUGGGAAGGAUGACUGGACGGGGUACUGGCGGUUUUCUUCCUCUUCCUCCUCAAUCCAUAAAUGAUGGGGACUCGACCCUGCCAAACCACCUGGAUCCAAUUGGGAAUGAGGCGAGGAGAGUGGGUGGAUGUGCCAUUUCGGAUGAGAUGGGAGAUGAGGGAGCCUUCCCAGGUGACGUCAGUGUUUCUAGAGGGGUCCUAGAGCGCCCGUUCUUUCUCUAACCCCCAACAGAUGUCAACGAACGCCCAGGAACACUUGACUGUUGACCCCACAUCCCAAAGUCUAAAGGUCAUUCAGAGGCCAGGGUGGAGUGCUGUAACUGCUGAGCCACCUGGUGGCUGUUUCCCCACAGAGCCAAUCAACCACGCUGACCUGACUCCCUGACCCCACUGUUCUUGGUCUAUGGACCAUUACCCCACCAUACUCGAGGUAGAAGUUGCAUUGAGCUGUUCUAGGAUCAGCUUCACCUCCUCAAAGCCUCACUCCCAAUAGUCGCUGCUGUGUGAGGUUUAGUUUGGGAUGGGGAUGGAGAAGGGAGGGUUAGUUGCUAUCUCCCCCAAGCCCCCUGUCCUGCCUCCUGUACCCUGCACCUUUGGAGCUGUCAACGAUCAACAGGAUUGGGGGGCGGGGGGUUACAAUUCUUCCCCCGUCUCUACACCAUGGUACGACGUGAGCCAAACCCGACUAGCGAUUUAACCACAGUCAUUUACAUAUUUUUAAAGAUGUUUUAUUGUCUUUGGUCUGUAUUUUGUACGGUGCUUUAAUAGUUUUAACGAGCCAUCUAGGUUACCAUCUCUCCAUCCGUCUCCUCUGUCUUUCUGUCGGUCAACUGUCCAAGCCCUCCUCUGUUUCUCCUGCUGUUGAAAUGCUGUGUUAUUAUUUCUCCCAACGCAAGUCAAAGCCUGUCCACCUCAAAUAUAAGCUGGACUCUUGACUCUGUUUCCAAGAAAAUGUCAAAUCAAUGUGUAUCAUCAUAUGUGUCCCGUACGGAACAUAUAGCAGAGCUGGAAUCUUCACGGUGUUUGCACCUCUCUGUUUUGACUCGACUUGCUGUCGUUCGUUAUCCAUGAGGUCCAGAUCGGUGUCGUCAGCAGUCAUUUUUUUCUUUAAUUUUUUAACAUUUUUUAAAAAACACAGUCGUCUCUAUUGCUGUUUCAGCAUAUCUGGUGAAUAUUAUCUGGGUGUCGAGAAAGAGGAAAUGUAACCUCUUGCCCUCUAUUUUCUCUCUCUGUCUGUCUUACUUUCUCCCUCAGUUCAGUGAUCAAUGUCGAAAGGAAGAGAUCUUUUUUUCUUUUUUCUGCUCUGUCUCCCGGAGGUUGAUUGACUUUGCACAUUGUCAAGCCUGUCUGCUCACAUUUGGUACGUCAAUUCUCGCUCCAGCAUCCUGUUGGGGAAAAUACAACAGUGGAGGUCAAUGGAUCGUUGUCGCAUUGUGUGCCAUAUUUCCCAGGAUGCACAGGGAGCAGUGAGGGAUGUGAGUGAUGUCACAACUGUUGUUCAUGUUUUACGCCAGAGCCAUCAGACUUCUAGCCUGGUUGACAAUGCAGUGAGUGUUCAGUCUGAUUUAACCAGACUUCACCAAGACAUCAAAAAAUCCCCCAUUUUAAGCUGAAACAAUUCACUCGUUCCAUCUACAGUCAAAGGAGAAAAUCCUUAAAACACGAUACCGUCUUAGAUGGCCGAGGUUUGGGAGAUUUCUUGGGAGUUAAGUAGAAGAACUUAAGAUGUAACUUAAGUCUAAGUUAAGGAAGAAAUCUUUUAUUUUCUGUAAUAAAAUGAUUUGGGAAAACUUGGGAUGAAAGGAAGUUUGGAGGUGCAAUCGAAAGAUGAUUUGUUUAGGCUGUUUUGGAUGUAAUGAUUUGCAUAAAUGCAAUUCACCUUCCUUUGCAUGUUUUCGAAUGUACUGUAAUGGAAAAUAAUGGAUAAUGGAAAAAAGACCUGGAGCUGACGACGAUGUCACACAUAUGAGCGUUUUGACACCACUCGUGACAAGUAAAUAGCCUGACAACGUCAUGAUACGUGUCGUCUCGUGCAAUACAACCACUUCUAACUUGUUGGAUAGCCAACUAGUAGCAUGUGUUUCGUGACGGUCUCAUCGAGUACUGUAUGUAUUAUGACCAUAAUGCAGCUCAAGUUGUCCACUGUUAUAGUGAAUGUUUAACAUGUACCGGAACACUUUCAGGAGAAUGACCAUUUGCUCUCUGCAAUUGCAGCCAAGUAGCUGUCCAUUCUGUAUGUUAAUUCAUUUAUUAUUGUAAAAAAAAAAAAAAAAAAGAUUUCAUCAAAGCACAAGAAAACCUGCUCUUAUCGCAAAUGUAAAAUGUGUGCGAGAAAGGUUUGGAUACAUACAGUACGUAUGCUGUGGAUGUGAUGUGUACUGCCUGAGUUGAACCAUCCAUUGAUUGAUAGGUGACAGAAAAAAAAGGAAUGUUUAUAUGUUUUAGCCCAGUGGGACUGUCUUUACUCGGAAACUGAAACCUGCACUGAAAAAUACCUGAAAUCAAAGUCACCUCAAAUGUCAGCGUCAUGAGGCUCUGUGACUUCACUUUACAUGUUGUGUGCAUUUACAUGUAGCUUUUUUGUUUGUUUUUGAUGAUAUAUCUGUUUUUAUUCAUGUUGUCAUUUCGCUCUCUCUCUCUCUUCAUGUCGUUCCUGUGGAUAAUUCUAUUCGUCUCGUGUUGAGAUGUGGUGGUGACUCUUCCUGGCAGUAGGGGUUGGCCCGUGGUGUUCACUGGAGGCUGUGGCCGUUCACAGUCCAUAGCCAACAGCCUCUAACUAUCUGGUUCUGUCUUUGUAAACUGUGCAGACUCCAGUGCUAUAAUCCACCUCAACCGACACAGUGAACCAACUGUUUUACCUUGUACAAAAAUCUAAUCAAAUCCAACAUAAUGCUGUAACAGAAAAUUGAUCUCUUAUUUGGGCAGGAAUGUGAUAUAUAUAUAGAGUAUUUUAUUGAUUUUUGGGGGGGGUGUAUAUGUAUAAAAACCUAUGUAUGUUUAAUUUUCAAUCUCAGGUUCCAAUGGACCAAAUAAAGUUUUUUUUAAAUAACA